CGGUAUUCGUUGUCACAGCUGGUUUUACUUGAUUCCACUGGCAGCGUUGGUAAUUUGGUAAUUUUUACAGCCACGGACUCAACCAGAAAAAUCAUCGGUGUUUUUUUGAAAAUCCAACAAAAAUGAGCGAAACGGAAUCCAUCGUUGAGGAGGAAUACAUUAUUGACACAGCGGGCUAUGUUGUGCUAGCCGAAGGCGAAGAACUUGAACAUUGUGAUGAUGGAACAUCUCAAAUUAUUGUCUUAGACGGCGAGGAGGGUCAAGAGAUUGUGGCUAAUCCUCACCAUCAUCCCUCAGAAGUGGAGGAAAAUGGAGAUCAUAUUAUUAGUGAGGAUGGACAAAUGAUGUUUGUCGAAGAAGUCCAUGACAUUGUUGAUGAGGGCGAAUUAGUUUUUCAGCAACAAGAUGCCGUCGAAGAGUCACAAUCUGCAUUGCAACAGCCUCAGCUAUCUUGGUCAGAAUUGGAAAAGAAACGAAAGCGUUUAGAUGUUCCAAAAGUGCCAAAAAAGUUUAUGCUUUUCGAUGGAAUAUGUGCCGAAAUUGUUGAUUAUGAUGAGGAGGAUGGAGCACCUAUUGUCGAAUUUUCCAUGGUGGCUGAUGACAAGGAAGCCGAAAAAUUGCCUGUUGAAUGUGGUGUCUGUCCCGAUAUCAUGCACAAGUCUAAACUGGAUGCUCAUCUGAAGACUCAUCUUAAGCCGGGCACUAAGCGUUACAAGUGUAUUUACUGCGAAGAUGAUUUUGUCACCCGUGCCUAUGCUGCUGGUCACUCCCGCAGGCAUAUGGGCAUCCGUCCCUAUGUGUGUAUGCCUUGUAAAAUGUAUUAUUGCACCAAACAAGACUUGAAGGUACACGAGCAAAGACGGCACCUGGCCAAAGAGCAUAUAUGUGAGCAUUGUGGCAAAACCUUUGCCCAAAACACUUCUCUGAGGCACCAUCGAAUGUUGGUACAUGAACAGCAACGUAACUAUGAAUGCGAGCAUUGUGGCAAAAAGUUCCUGCGUAAAUAUGCCAUGAACGAACAUAUACGUAAUGUGCACUUUGGUGAUCGCAGACUUUUGGAUUGUCCUUUUUGCGAUUUGCGUUUCAAGGAUACGCAUAAACUGGCCCAGCAUCGUAAGGAAAUGCAUUUGAAUCAGUCCAAAUUUGAAUGUCGCAUAUGUGGUCUAGAAUUUAAUCACAUUGAUUUCUUCGAUGCCCAUAGACGUUCGUUGCAGUGCCGUAAAAAAUUGGCUCGCAAUUUAUAUCAGCAAAGAUCAUCGGACCAACUGGACGAUCAAGAGGUGUUACAACAACAGCAAGCACAACAAGACCACAACCAGCAAGAACAGCUGCAGUUACAAUCGGGAAGCCAUUUUACAUACGAUGAUGAUAGCCAACAGUUGUAUCAACAAGAUGAGGAAUCCAUGGCGCAUUUUAAACAAGAACAACUGGAACAACAGGAAGUCGUGGUAGAGGAGAUGACCCAUGAUAUGCACAAUGAAAUAGUCAAUGAGGAAGAUCUGGAUCACGAUGGUGCCCUCGAGGUGGAUGAACGCGAAAAAGUAAAGGCCGAGCAACAACUGCUGUAUGAAAUUGCAGCUAUGGAUAAUGCCUAG